CCCGAACAUCUGACUACACCAGAAUCUACGCUCAUAGUACGCUAACUUACAAUCUCCGCUAGCAUAAUCUCAGAACACGUUCUUUGAACCGCUCUGUUUCCACUCUGUUUGCCGACACCCCCGUUCCUCCGCCUUGAACAACGCGUGAGAUUCGCUGGAGCUGUGAAAUCUUACCUAGAAGGUUUGGAUGGUCUGCGCUAGCUAAGACUGGUCAGUCUCGGACAGACGAUGUCUACGUCAAAAAGAUCCAGCACGGUGUCCAGUAAAGAUGGGCUGAAGAAGAACAUCUGGUCUUCCAUGCUGGAUAGCGCUGCGACUGGAAAGCGCUUACCGGAAAAGAAUCUGUUGAUACUAGGAGGCACACCGGAGAGCCAGCGAGAGUUCCUAGAAGCCUACUCUGCAGACACCUUGGAUUCCAGUCUAUCGAACGAGAAGCGAAAAGGAAAAGGGAAAGUGCCACCUGUUGCGAAUCAAUUCGCCCUAGGCUACACGUACCUAGAUGUGUUGGAUGCGGACCAGGAAGAUACAUUGGCGCGCGUCUCUGCAUACCUCCUUUCCGAGCCCUCAUUAUCAUUUGCACCUCUCCUCAAACCGCUUUUGACGCCGCAGUCCAUCCCCGAAACCUCUGUCGUUAUUCUCCUUGAUUGGUCAGAUCCGUGGACUUGGGUACGGCGACUGAGGGAAUGGGUCCGCCUUUUGCGCCACGUACUUGUUUCACUUGACGACGAGACCAAGGUUGUGAUGGAAGAAAAUAUGACGCAGUGGAGAGAGCGGAAGAAGGGGAUAGAUACCAGCUCUACUGGAUCCCAAGCGACUAGCUCCGGAUCGGCAAUCAUAGGCCCUGGGGAGUGGGAUGAAGGGCUCGGGGUACCUCUAUGUGUUGUCUGCCAAGGGACCGACAAAAUGGAGAAACUGGAGCGGGAUCACGGCUGGAGCGAAGACGAAUUUGAUUUUAUCCACCAAUUCAUGAGGACGUUGCUGGUAAAACAUGGCGCGUCUCUGAUAUACACCAAGCCCUUUCAUGCAAACAACCUUCACAGCGUACUGCAUUCCUCUCUCGGUAUACAUUCUCUCCUAAAGAAGUUAUCUCUCAAAGCCAAUUUCAUCGAGCGUGACAAGAUUCUGAUACCGACGAACUGGGAUUCAUGGGCGAAAAUCCGAGUCAUCCGAGAAGGGUCUAACUUGGAGGGUAUUUCGACAGCUUGGUCUAUCGAGAUUCAGGAUCCGCCUGAGCCACUCAGUGACAGGAAUGAUGAGGCCCAGGACGAUGGUUCUUCUGAAGAAGACGAUGGGACCAGUGCCGUAAAGAUAUACGAGCAGACGAUCAAGGAUCCCAAGCGGAACACCUCACUGUCAUACCCAGGAAGCCAACAGAGUGGGAACAAGAUUGAGGUCGAGACAUUAGAUAUGCAAGGUUUCCUCACCAAACAGCUGGAGGUCUUGGAGCAGCUGAAGAUUGAGGAUGAGAAAGACCGCGCAGCCAAGAAGACCCCUCAGUUGGAGAUGUCCCCGUUAGAGGAUAACAGCCGGGUCAACGAGCAUAUAGGCCCUGUACAGUUCAACAUGGGCGGUAUUCAAGUUGACGCCGAUGACAUGCUCCAGAAGCUGAAGGACCGGGAAGCCAGCCGCUCCCAGCGCAAAGACCCCGUUUCUUCACCCGGGGAUGAAAAAGCAAACAAUCAAGCACUAGCGAACUUCUUUGCAGGUUUGGUUAAAAAACCCGGGGGCAGUCCCCGCGGAGCCUGA